AUGGAAGGAAGCAAUCAAGCUGCUCCAGUUGACAUUGAAAAUCCAUUAGAAACUUCCAUGAGAAGGGAAUUGGAUAGCUUAUCUCCUCUAUCCUCUUCGUGUUGUAUUUACAAAGUUCCUAAGCGACUACGAUGUGUAAAUGAAAAGGCAUACACACCUCAGGUAAUCUCUAUAGGUCCACUCCACCAUGGCAAGAAAGCCUUAAAAGCCAUGGAAGAGCACAAAAAAAGGUACCUACAAGAUUUUCUACGUCGGACAGCUGCAAGCUUGACGGAAUUUACAAAGAUCACAAGGGAUAAAGAAGAACAAUUAAGAAGUUGUUAUUCAGAAACCAUUAAGUUCAGCAGUGACAAAUUUGUAAGAAUCAUUCUAGUGGAUGCCGCCUUCAUCAUUGAGCUCUUGUUGAGAGCUUGUGGUCAUGUAGCAUCGGGACAUAAAGAUGACCGCAUAUUUAACAAACCAAGGAUGCUUCGAGAUCUAUUGCCUGACUUGCAAUUGCUUGAAAAUCAACUGCCAUUUUUCAUUCUUGAGGAUCUUUUUAACAAAAUUACAGUUUCUUACAGCAUGCCUAAGCGCGCUUCGGAGCGCGCGUCGGAGCGAGGCGGAAGGAAAUCGCCUGAAGCGUUCAUCUAUUUAGCAGGUUGCACGUUUAGCGCCGCGAGGCGUGGAGAGGCGUGGCGAAGCGUGGCAACGUGUGGCGAGGCGGACGAAGGGCCGCUGUUCUGCAAGCGGCUGCGAGAGGAAGAAGAUGACCAAGCGU